AUGUGGAUAGCAGAUAAGUUGAAGGAAAGACAAUCUUUUGAGAUUGAAGCUGAUGGAUUUGGGGUUGGGAAUCUAAUCGAACAAAGUUCAAAUUUAGAACUUGAGAAGAAUGAAAAUCAGGAGUAUGAAGAAAAGUAUGAAAAAAUUUUCAACAAUGUCUCAACUAAAAAGAAUGAUAUGGAAGAUAUUAUUUUUCAUUGUCUAUCGAAGUUCCCUGAAGACAAUAAAACGAAGGAGAUGAUAAGAAAGUUUAGAGACAUAUCUUCAACUACAUUUUUUUCUAGUCGAGAGAAAUCAGAAACUAUUAUGGAGAGAACUGAAGUCAAAUCAGAUAGAGAUGAAGAGCUUAAUAAAACAAACAUUUCUGAUUCUGAUGAUGAUAAAGAUGAAGGAAUGAAUACAAAGUUGGUUGCAUUUUUAGCUGUUAAACCAUUACAACAGAAGUUUCCAGAGAAUGAAGAAACACAAGAAGAAGAUCAAGAUAUGAAUGUUGAUGACCGAAUAAAUUUGGGUUUUGAGAAUAAUAUUGGCGAGGAAACGAUUAGACAUCCGCAUAAUCCAGAAAGACAAAUAGAAUUUGAAGGCAUAAAUGUUGAUAACAAAAUAAAUUUGGCUUUAGAGGUGGUUGGAGACAACAUAGGUGAGAGCUCAAUUGUUACACCAAAACACAAUCCAAAAGAAACUGGUGAUAAUUCUGAGGGUAAUGAUGAAGAUGGAGAAUUAGAAGGGAAUGAAGAGCAUAUUUUAGAUGAGAAAGGGAAAAAGGGUCAGAAUGUGAAUGAAAGAGGGAAAAGGAAGGUGACUAAUCCAUAUAUUUUUAGAUCACCUUUUGUGAAUAGGGUAAUUGACUUAAGUGAAAAAGUCAGUACUCAGCAAGAGAUAAUGGCGCAAAUCAUGUUUAGAUGCAUUGCAGACAAAGAUCCAAUGGAAAUGCUGUUUGAAACUGAGUCUGGAGACAUAAUGGAUAGGGUGCAUUUUGAGGGUAUGCGUCCAAAUCAUAAGAUACAUCCUUUCGUUAUUGAUUGUUGGGCUGUUGUUCUUAAUUUUGAAGAAGAAACUGAGAAAAAAAAUCACCACCACGUGUCUUCUUCAACACUCAAAUUAUGGCAUAUGGAAAAAUACAUGGGUGAGAAAGAAGAAAAAUGGGAUGUGGAACUGGGAGAAGAAAGUGUUAGGACAUCUAAAAAGAUUGCAAAGUUGCGUACAUUUUAUGUUUCUAAGCUAGCAAACCAUCAAAUCAACAAGCAGAGAAAAUUGAAUGUUACAGAAGCAUUGGAAUUUUCAAAACUUGAUAAGAAAACUAGGUGUAUGUUGGUGAAAGAAGGCAGUGAAGCAAGAGACAAUUUGGAAAUGAAGAAAGUUUGA